AGCCACUGUAGAAAUGGACAAAGAAGAAAGGAAGAUUAUCAACAAGGGACAAGAAGAUGAAAUGGAGAUACAUGGCUAUAACUUAUGCCGCUGGAAGCUUGCCAUGGUUUGUGUAGGGGUGAUUUGUACUGGUGGUUUUCUCCUCCUCCUCCUCUACUGGAUGCCUGAGUGGCGAGUGAAGGCCACGUGUGUUAGAGCUGCAGUUAAAGACUGUGAAGUGGUGCUUCUCAGGACGACUGAUGAAUUUAGAAUAUGGUUUUGUGCAAAAAUUCACUUUCUUUCUCUGGAGAAUCAACCAAAUUUGAAUGCAAAGUCUUUAGUUAAUAAGGUUUCUAAUGGCCAUGCUGUUCAUCUGACUGAAGAAAAUAGAUGUGAAAUGAAUAAAUACUCACAAAGUCAGUCACAACAGAUGCGUUAUUUUACCCACCAUAGCAUAAGAUAUUUCUGGAAUGAUGCCAUUCACAAUUUUGAUUUCUUAAAGGGACUGGAUGAAGGUGUGUCUUGUGCGUCAAUGUAUGAAAAGCAUAGUGCAGGCCUGACAAAGGGGAUGCAUGCCUACAGAAAGUUGCUUUAUGGAGUAAAUGAAAUAGCUGUGAAAGUGCCUUCUGUUUUUAAGCUUCUGAUUAAAGAGGUUCUCAACCCAUUCUACAUUUUCCAACUGUUCAGUGUUAUCCUGUGGAGCAUCGAUGAGUACUAUUACUAUGCUCUAGCCAUUGUGGUCAUGUCCAUAGUGUCCAUUAUAAGUUCACUGUAUUCCAUUAGAAAGCAAUAUGUUAUGUUACAUGACAUGGUGGCAACUCACAGUACUGUGAGAGUUUCAGUUUGUAGAGUAAAUGAAGAAAUAGAAGAGAUCUUUUCUACAGACCUUGUGCCGGGAGAUGUCAUGAUCAUUCCAUUAAAUGGGACAGUCAUGCCUUGUGAUGCAGUACUUAUUAAUGGUACUUGCAUUGUAAAUGAAAGCAUGUUAACAGGAGAAAGUGUUCCAGUGACAAAGACUAAUUUGCCAAAUCCUUCAGUGGAUGUGAAAGGAAUGGGGGAGGAGCAAUACAGCCCAGAGACUCAUAAGCGGCACACUUUGUUCUGUGGGACGACUGUUAUUCAGACCCGUUUCUACACUGGGGAACUUGUGAAAGCCAUAGUAGUUAGAACAGGAUUUAGUACUUCCAAAGGACAGCUUGUUCGCUCUAUACUGUAUCCCAAGCCAACUGAUUUUAAGCUCUACAGAGACGCCUACUUGUUUCUGCUGUGUCUUGUGGUCGUGGCCGGAAUUGGGUUUAUCUACACAAUCGUCAAUAGCAUCCUAAAUGAGAAAGAAGUUCAGGAAAUAAUUAUUAAGUCUCUUGAUAUCAUUACAAUUACUGUGCCACCUGCUCUUCCUGCUGCAAUGACUGCUGGGAUUGUGUAUGCUCAGAGAAGACUGAAAAAAGUUGGGAUUUUCUGUAUUAGUCCCCAGAGGAUAAACAUCUGUGGACAGCUGAACCUUGUGUGUUUUGACAAGACUGGAACUCUUACUGAAGAUGGUUUAGAUCUGUGGGGAAUUCAGCGAGUAGAAAAUACCCGAUUCCUUUUACCAGAAGACAAUGUUUGCAAUGAGAUGUUGGUAAAAUCUCAGUUUGUUGCUUGUAUGGCUACUUGUCAUUCACUUACAAAAAUCGAAGGAGUUCUUUCUGGUGAUCCACUUGAUUUGAAAAUGUUUGAAGCCAUUGGGUGGGUUCUGGAAGAAGCAACUGAGGAAGAAACAGCGCUUCACAACCGGAUCAUGCCUACUGUGGUUCGUCCUUCCAAGCAGCUGCUGCCUGAGUCUACAACUUCAGGAGACCAAGAAAUGGAGCUGUUCGAACUUCCAGCUAUUUAUGAGAUAGGAAUUGUUCGACAGUUUCCAUUUUCUUCGGCUUUGCAACGGAUGAGUGUGGUUGCAAGGACACUAGGCGAUAAGAGAAUGGAUGCCUACAUGAAAGGAGCCCCCGAGGUCAUUGCCAGUCUCUGUAAACCUGAAACAGUUCCAGUUGAUUUUGAGAAAGUAUUAGAAGAUUAUACCAAACAAGGCUUCCGUGUAAUUGCUCUUGCACACAGAAAAUUGGAGUCAAAGCUGACCUGGCAUAAAGUACAGCAUGUUAGCAGAGAUGCCAUUGAAAACAACAUGGAUUUUAUGGGACUGAUUAUAAUGCAGAACAAAUUGAAGCAGGAAACCCCUGCAGUACUUGAAGAUUUGCAUAAAGCCAACAUUCGAACUGUCAUGGUCACAGGAGACAACAUGUUGACGGCUGUGUCUGUGGCCAGAGACUGCGGGAUGAUUCUACCUCAGGACAAAGUUAUCAUUGCUGAAGCACUACCUCCAAAGGAUGGGAAAGUGGCCAAGAUCAAUUGGCAUUACACAGACUCCCUGACACAGUGUAGUGAAUCGUCAGCCAUUGACUCAGAGGCUAUUCCAAUUAAACUUGCCCAUGAUAGCUUAGAGGAUCUUCAGGUGACUCGCUACCAUUUUGCGAUGAAUGGAAAGUCAUUUUCAGUGAUACUGGAACAUUUUCAAGAUCUCGUUCCUAAGUUGAUGCUGCACGGCACUGUGUUUGCCCGGAUGGCACCCGAUCAGAAGACACAGCUGGUGGAAGCCUUGCAGAACGUAGACUACUUUGUUGGGAUGUGCGGUGAUGGUGCAAAUGAUUGUGGUGCUCUGAAGAGGGCACAUGGUGGCAUUUCCUUAUCUGAGUUUGAAGCUUCUGUGGCGUCUCCUUUUACUUCUAAAACACCCAGUAUCUCUUGUGUGCCAAACCUUAUCAGGGAAGGCCGAGCUGCUUUAAUGACAUCCUUCUGUGUGUUUAAAUUUAUGGCGUUAUACAGCAUCAUACAAUAUUUCAGUGUUACUCUCCUGUAUUCUAUCUUGAGUAACCUGGGAGACUUUCAGUUUCUCUUCAUUGAUCUGGCAAUCAUUUUGGUAGUAGUAUUUACAAUGAGUUUAAACCCUGCCUGGAAAGAGCUUGUGGCACAGAGACCACCUUCGGGCCUUAUAUCUGGGGCGCUCCUCUUCUCUGUCUUGUCUCAGAUUGUGAUCUCCGUUGGAUUUCAGUCGCUGGGCUUCUUCUGGGUCAAGCAGUAUAAAGAGUGUGAUCCGUAUUCAGAUGUUUGCAAUACAACAAGAAGUGCAUGUUGGAACUCGUCACACUUAUACAACGGGACUGAACUUGAUUCCUGUAAAAUACAAAAUUAUGAGAAUACCACAGUGUUUUUUAUCUCCAGUUUUCAGUACCUCACAGUGGCGGUUGCCUUUUCAAAAGGAAAACCAUUCAGGCAGCCUUGCUACAAGAAUUAUUUUUUUGUUAUAUCUGUGAUUAUUUUGUAUGUUUUCAUAUUAUUCAUCAUGUUGCAUCCAGUUGCCUCUGUUGACCAGCUUCUGGAGAUUAUGUGUGUGCCAUACCAGUGGCGCAUAUAUAUGCUUAUCAUUGUUCUCACCAAUGCCUUCGUGUCUAUCACGGUGGAGAGCUUCUUCCUUGACACGGUCCUUUGGAAAGUUGUGUUCAAUCGAGACAAACAAGGAGAGUAUCGUUUCAGCACCACACAGCCACCACAGGAGUCAGUGGAUCGAUGGGGGAAAUGCUGCUUGUCCUGGGCCCUGAGCUGUAGAAAGAAGACACCAAAAGCAAAGUACAUGUAUCUAGCCCAGGAGCUCCAGUUUGAUCCCGAGUGGCCACCGAAGCCUCAGACGACGACGGAAGCCAAAGCUAUAGUGAAGGAGAACGGAUCAUGUCAGAUCAUCACCAUAGCGUAGCAAAGACUGCUCUGCUGUCCAGUAGCAGUGAUGACCCUGUCAGAACAGCACUCUUUCAGUUUAUAUAGCCCUCUCAUAAUACGGCAGUUAAAAACACAGAACAGUAAAGUGUCAUUUCUGCACAGUUAGCUUUUAACUAUAAAUCUGGCUAUAUCUUCAUGCAGUAACCUAAAUACGAUGCACACUUUGUAUUGGGUAUGAGAAACUGUUUGUGUUUUACAGAUUGUAGGUUUUGACACUAGUUUGCCUCUUUAAUUUUCACAAAUCCCCUUAUUAGAAAGUUCUUUUACACGUAGGCCCCAAAAUUGUGAUAGUUAAAAAUAAUAGUUAAUUGUGAUUAGCCUUUAGUGAAAAUAGGUUGAAAACCUGUUUUGAUCCCGUGUUUUCUCCCAAAGAAGACUACAUUAAACGUACACCAGUUUUCUUUUAU